AGAGGCUCAAGUGUAUGGAGCCAGCAGCGAGCUGUUGGCCUUGCGCUACUCUUUUGCGAGCCUUGGGAUGUUGCGUUUUUUUGGCCAAUGCGCGCCAUCCGCGCGCCGGGCCCGGCGCUUUGCGGAUAUGGUGAACGUAACCUCGGCUCCGUGCAGCAACAUCCGAUGCGCUGCCGCCUCGGUGAAGGAAGAUGGCAAGCGAGUGCAGGUGGAGUUCACAGAUGGAGCCGAAUUUGAGCUGCAUGGACUCUGGCUCCGAGACGCUUGUCGGGACGAGAACUUUGUGUCGGAGGUGGCGGGGGAACGCUACCUGACGAGGACUGCCUUUAAGGAGAAGCAGUCCCACGCGGACGGCAAAGUGGCAGACGCCAAGGUGGUGGAGGGCAGUCUUCAGGUGAAAUGGGCGAACGAAGGUUCCUUGAGCGAGGUCGCCUCCAUCUUCCCCAGCAACUUCUUGCGAACCUACGCUGGCGUUGUGGGCAGGCAUCUGAAAGGAGAUCGCCAUCACACGAGCAAGGAGGCAUACCGAUGGCUAGAGCCCUACAGUGGAUUCAAGGGCGCACCUGCGCCGGAUCUGAAGCUGAAGAGCCUUUUUAAGAGCGACAACUUCUUCCAGCGGCGGGACUACAAAGCAGUCAUCAACAGUGACGAGUCGAAUCUGGAAAUGGCCCAAGCUCUUGUGCGACAUGGUGUUGUCAUCAUGGAGAAUGUGCCAACACCAGCUCUUUGGUACGCCUUUUUUUCAUAGAGGAACCUUUUAUGUUAUUGUCUUUGCCUAAGUAUCGGGC